GCGGAGUUAGAAUAAAUAUUCUUACAAACAACCACGUACGACUGCAUGAGCAUAAUAUUUCUCUAGUAGAGUCUCUAGCCUUCAGGUCAAGCAUUACGUCUGAAGUUAUCGAGGAGAUUAUGGACUCCUCUGGCUCAGACUUUUCCGCGGAGAGGUAUUUCGCAACACAGCCGCCGCCGCCUUCGCUUGAUGAGGACAUCGCUCGAGUACGCACUUUCAUACGGCAUCAACUGCAAGCUGGACGCAAGGUUGUACUAGUGACGAGCGGCGGAACCACCGUGCCUUUAGAGCUCAAUGUCGUUCGAUUCUUAGAUAACUUCAGCGCUGGAACCCGAGGCGCAACCUCUGCUGAAUACUUCCUGAAGGCCGGAUAUGCAGUUAUUUUCAUGCACAGGCAAUUCAGUCUACAACCCUUUAGCCGACAUUAUUCCCACUCAACGCAUCCGUUCCUUGACUUCCUGGAAAUCGAUCCGUCCGGCUCAAACAACAUUCAAAUCACUGUCACCCCGUCCGAAAGGGACCAAUUGCUUGAGGUCCUGACGGCCUACAAGGAGGUUCAUCGCCUCGGUACUAUGCAUACCCUGAAUUUUGUGACCGUCAAUGACUAUCUAUGGCUCCUUCGCGCAGUCAGCAAGGAAUUGUCCGUUCUGGGACGAAACGCUCUUUUCUACCUCGCGGCGGCUGUUAGCGACUUCUUCCUUCCCCGUCAAAAGAUGUCGGAACACAAGAUCCAAUCAGGGAAAGGCAGCUUGCACAUUGAGAUGGAUCAGGUGCCGAAGAUCUUGAAGCCGUUGGUUGAUGAAUGGACUCGAGAAGGAUUCAUCGUAUCUUUCAAGCUCGAAACAGAUCCUGCGUUGCUGAUACCGAAGGCCCGCACCGCACUAGAGACAUAUGGUCAUCAAGUUGUCAUCGGAAACGACCUGCACAGGCGAAAGUUUGAGGUGGUCUUCGUAUCACCUCGAGAGCCAUGCUCCUCUGGCAAAACCAAUGACGCGGAAUCGACUUUCGUGGAGACAUGGAUACGUAUUGACUUAGCCAAAGAUCCCAAGAAGGAGAUUGAAGAGGAUAUAGUUCAAGAACUAGUCAACCGUCAUCACUCAUGGAUCCAACAGUCAAAGCAAUCCUAACAAGCAAUGGAUUUUCCUGCAGCGCCUUUGUAAUCUACCACGAUUUCGACAGAGCCAUGUAUUGCAACCCAGCACCACAGACGAACAUAUACCAGUGCGCUCCAUGCGUUUAAGCAUGCAAUCAAUACAUCUAACCAGUAUUGGUUUGACUCGAAUC